AUGAAUGUAUAUUUAAUAUAAAACUUUGAACAAUAUUCUAAAAAAAAAGUUAUCGACACUGGGACUUCCCAAGCGGUCCCCCACCUUAGUACUAACCCAGCCUUAAGGCGCUUAACUUCGGAGUUCGAAUGGGAUCCGGUGUUUUCACCUUAGUAUGGCCGAUAACAAAAUUAUUGA